GUUUUCACAAACAUGUCUAAAAUAUAUGAUUCAUUGUUUAAAAAAAAUAAAUAAAAAAAAAACUAAACGCGACCAGCAGCUGCUACGUCAUAUUGCCGCGUCGGUGUUUUUGUUGAGACACAGCACCGUGUGAGUCUGUUUAUGCAGUUGUGUGCAUCGUAGCUGUUUCCAUCAUGGUGGCGUUUCCAAGUUCCCUGACUGAAGAAGAGGAGGCUCUGCAGAAGAAAUAUGCUAAACUCAAGAAAAAGAAAAAGACUCUGCUCGCCUUGAAGAAGCAGAGUUCAACUAACCAGACAAACCAGAGUGGCUUGAAACGGACUUUGUCGGACCAGCCUGUCGUCGACACUGCAACGGCGACGGAGCAAGCAAAGAUGCUGAUCAAGACGGGUGCCAUCAGUGCCAUCAAGUCAGAGAACAAGAACUCUGGCUUUAAGCGCUCUCGAAUGCUGGAAAUUAAACUCAAGGAUCCAGAGAAAGGCUCGAUUCCUGCUUUCUUACCAUUCCAAAGGAGUGUCUCUACAGAUGAAGAACAACCUGAAUCUGGGAAAAGAGCCAACAGGAAGUCUCUGUAUGAGAGCUUUGUCAGCUCAAGCGACAGAUACCGGGAUGAGGAGGAAGGAGGCGGCACGUCGUCCAACCGCGAAAUCGACAGAGGAGACCGAGGAGACCGAGGAGACCGAGGAGACCGAGGAGAACGAGGAGAACGAGGAGAACGAGGAGAACGAGGAGACCGAGGAGAACGAGGAGACCGAGUAGACAGAGCAGACCGAGUAGACAGAGGAGAACGAGGAGACAGAGAGCGAGACCAGGUCCGAGAGCUGGAAGGAGAGCGGGACAGGGAUAGAGACAGAGAUAGAGCUAGAGACCGAGAGAGAGACCCCGAGAGGGAUAGAGACAGAGGCAGGGAAAGAGACAGGGAACGGGACCGGGAAAGAGACAGAGACCGAAGCAGAGACAGGGAACGGGAUCGAGAUCGAGACAGGGAACGGGAUCGAGAUCGAGACAGGGAACGGGACAGAGAAAGAGAUGGACCGUUCAGACGCUCAGAUUCAUACCCAGAGCGGAGAGGGGUACGAAAGGGGAAUACGGUGUAUGUUUACGGCUCUGGGCUCAGCGAGGACAACCUGCGCUCUUCUUUCUCUCAACAUGGAAACAUCAUCGAUCUCUCCAUGGACAACCCACGCAAUUGUGCAUUUAUUACAUUUGAGAAGAUGGAGUCUGCAGACGCGGCUGUAGCUGAGUUGAAUGGAGCCAUGGUGGGAGACGUUCACAUCAAAGUCAGCAUCGCCAGGAAGCAGCCCAUGCUGGAUGCCGCCACUGGCAAAUCUGUCUGGGCUUCACUGGCUGUGCAGAACAGCACUAAAGGCUCCUACAGGGACAAGAGGAACCAAGUCGUGUACAAUGAAGAUUUCCUGAAAUGAAAAAAAUAAUCUCUGUUUUUGUAUUUUUGGCAUAUAGCUUUUCAUGUUUCUGUUUUAAUGACGUUAGCCAGCUGCUUAAAGUGUCUGUGUUGCAGCGUGAAAUCAAAAUCAUCUGUUGUCUUUUGGAUUAGAUCGUUUUAUGGUCGGUAUCUGAUGCUGUGUGUGGCUCAUGAAGCUAGAGAUGCUGUUUUGAGCUCAAUAAAAAGUAUCUAUACAUUGCUACCUUGA